UUUGGAUUUUCGCCUGAUUAAAGCGUGCCGCGUGCAAAGGGGCUCCCUGGGUGUUCAGACGAGGUCGGACCUCGUGGUCGGCUAGGUCGACGCCGAUCUUCCAUGUGACCGUGCCAUUUGGCGCCUCGUACUUUGACGAGGACGCCUUUUAUAUCGCGACGCGGCCAUUUUUAUUCCACAUCAAGGAAUAGUACGUUAACUCGUUCAUCUCGUGAACGACGUAACGUCUUCUCUUUGUCUUAUCUUUAAGACAUCACCUAGUGAUAUCGUUUAUCUUAAAGACUAUCGGGACACUGACAGCUCUUACCCCACCAGUUACAUACAGACACCAGGAUUAGAAAGAUCCAGAGAAGUUAGUCUAUAAUUGGAGAGUCUGUUUACCAGCAGACUCGUGCACCUUCCCGCCAGACUAUUAUUCAAUGGGACCCACAGCUAUGAAUGGACCCAAUCAGUCUAGGGUCUUAUCGGUUUGAAAUGUUGGUAUCCCUGACAAAUACAUGAUGGCCGUUGUCCCCGAGCAGUGAAACGCGUACACGGUACCGUCGCGGACGCGGAAGCUCUCGGUAAUCUCAGUGACCGUGUCUAUUUUUCCUGUCGAUUUUUUCGAAAGAGUCCUCUUGAGCCCUCUCGUUUCCUCAGUGCAGUUGUGAGGAUUGUGCCAAGCCAGUCACCAGGAAGUCCCGACAGCAGGCGAAACUCCGCGGCCCUGGCGAAACCGCGGUUGCCGAGGUAAUAUUGGCGAUUUUUCGGAGCGGACGCUGGCUGCUCCAAAGAGCUGGGAAAAUUUAUUUUGCCUACGGGGAUGCUUCUCCAGGAUACGUGACAGCACUUCUGAACUGGAUAUUUUACUCAGGAGCAAAGAUAAAAGUCAGAGUUCUGCUCUGCAACCUGAUCACCGAGGACGGAAUACUGUUUCAAGUUUAAAGAACGUUUUGUUGUGAUGAUUAAGAUUCUGUGGUAGCAUCGAACGGUCAAACAAUGCCGGCCAAUUACUUCUCUCUUCUGGACUUAGGAUAGGUUUACAUUCUGGGACAACGGCUCAGAUUUGUAAAGGCAGUGCUAUGAACAAUGAUGAAAUUCACUCGGUAAGAGCUAAAUGGAUGAAAACUCACUGCAAAUGCGACCUAACCGUCAUGAGCACGAUCUCGAACACACAGCUAUAUACUUGUUCCUCAAUGGAUAUUGUUCCACAUGGAGGAAGACAUCCAACUUACUGUUAAUUUAUAUGUGACACCUGUUGUUAAAGAAGAGACUUCUAUAUUGGCUAUUUAAGGAACAUGCUCCAUGUUCAUACGAGAGGCAGCUGAGACUAGAAAGUUACAUGCAUGUUUGGUGCAGGCGACAUUGGUCGUAAACGCGUUGAGUGGCGCCGUAGCGCAAAUACCCAUAAAGCAUUGGCAACAGUGAAAAGUCCUGCAGAAAGGUGAUCCAGAGGAAGGUCCACGUAGCUCGUCCUGUAAGCGCCGGUAAAUGUUAUCGACGGCACGUUGUAUCACGAGGAGAAGGAAACCAGGGUAAAAAGGUGGCUGGACGCUGCCUGGGGUUGCGUGGGGCUGCGUGGGCAUGCAGCAGCCUCAGUCACGCCCUCUCCUCGGGGACUCACCCUCUACAACAUCCCCGACUGCACGUCGAAACAAUCCGGUCGCCGUACUUACUCAUCAGCAGUUGCAACAGCUGCAGCAGUUGCAGGCCCAAAAUUCAACUGGUCAACCAUUGACCUUUGCUCUGCAGCAACCCUCAAGUAAUUCCCAAGAGCAGGGCAAUGGCUCGGCGACCGGAAAUCACAUAGUCUACCUAAAUCAGGUGAAUCAAUUGAAUCAAGGUAGCAUCAAUCACUCGGGGACUGGUAUGGGCCUACCCCCGGCCGCCCCCACUUUUGGGGUGGGCCUUAAUAUGGGACUGCCUCUAUCAUUGUUAAACACAAGCCUCACCUCGCUUACCUCAAACGCGAUCACCACGUCGAAUCCAUUGCUCAACCUGGGUCUACCUGGGAUAAACACAGGCCUCACGGCUAUAAAUCCCAGCUUGAACGCUUUGAACUCCAACUUGACCACCAUCAACUCCAACCUGAGCUCGAACCUCCCAACGAACAGCAUCGGCACAGGACUCUCAGGCCUUGGUCAAGAUAUCAACAGUGCCAACUCGUGUAUCACGAGUAUCAGCUCAGGAUUAUCCGGUAUCAAUACUGGAUUAACCAACGUCAACCCUAAUUUGACAAGUCUGAACUCCAGCAUUAACCAAAAUUUGGGAACGCUCAAUGCAAACCUGUCAAAUUCAUCAGGAGUAUCGAGUAUAAACGCCCUCAAUCCUAACAACCUAAACAAUACGACGAAUAUAAAUUCAGGCUUGAAUCAGACCUUGAAUGCCCUAACGACUGGACUCGCGCCAAGCAGCAUCAACUCCAGCAGUGGAAACUUUCCCUUUCAAACAAUCCAGAGUAUCCAGAGUAUAGCUCCGCAUAUAGUUGGCUCGAACAUUACCCACGUACAGAGUUCAGUCUCACAAUUACCCAGCUCUGGAGUAGUGUCUACCUCAACAGUGUUCACAAGUGCAUCGAACGGUCCAAUACUAUCCGCAGCUACCAAUGCAAGUCAUCUUAAUGUGAAUCAUCCAACAAAAAUAGCACACCUAGGUACCAUGCACUCGAGCCUCUCAGGUGGACCACCUUCUUCGGUGCAGCACAUGUCUGUCUCAAAUGAUCUCAACUCCACCCUGGGCCACGUGUCAUCCCUGAGCUCGACGCACGCGAGUUUUCAAGCUCAGAGACAGUUCUCUCAGGGUUUGACAUCGUCAACGACGUUGACCAGCGCUAAUCAAACAUCGGCCGCUAUGAACAGUCUCAAUACAGUGAAAUCCAUGCAGAGCAUUCAGAGUAUUCAGAGCCAGAAUAUUAGUUCACCAGGUAGCCCCUUCUCGAUACCGCUCAAGAGCCCUGCCUCGAAUAUUGCACCACCUACUCCAAGCCCAAGUCCCAAUAGACUGCUGCUGCGUAGUCCAGCCUCGAAUUCCAUACAGUCCAGUAGGAAUAGUCCAAGUCCUGUCGCAACUUCGACGUCCAAUACGAACUUUAGCACGCAGCUUCAGAGUCCUAUGCAGAGUCCAAUGAGUGUUGGACAAAUACAAAGUCCUGCGCCGAGCCCUUACCCUCCCGCAAAGAGUCCUCUUCAUCUGAGCAGUGGAAAUACACUGAACAACAGAAGUCCAGCUCCUGGAGGAAGUCCUGGGCCACCUGUGGUCAGACCCAAUACUCCCAUCCUACAACAGGGUAUGCAAGUUUUGCAAAUUAUACAUGGUGCUCCUCAGGGUUACCAACCAGCUUCAACCCAACUUGUCACUCGUACACAUCUAAUUGGAAAUCAACAAAUUCAAAUAGCAACUGCGAAACCAGCUAAACAACCACCACAAAUUUUACCAAAGCCACCGAAUCAACAAACUGGUGGUACACAGCAGAAACAACAAAGGGUAGCCACUACUAUAACAAGUCAAAUGUCCCAACAAACUCAACCUCAGCUGGUUCUGGCGAGUCCUCAGCCGAAUCCUAAUACGGCCACGAUGAUCCCCACUGCCCAGGGUCUUCUGCUGAACCAGGUUCUGCCGUCGACCGGGCCCGUUAUCGUGCAGCAACAACCUGGUGGCGUUCAGCUGAUCCUAAGGACCCCAGCGAACGCCCAACAGCAAACGCAUACCGCACAGCUUACCCAGCAGCAGCUCGUCAGGGUUGUCACCGCUCAAGGGAUGCAGCUGCAAGGUCUUGCUCCAGCAUUCUUUGCUGUACCUAAUGGAUUUCCACCACCUGCCGCACCUGUUAUCAGGCAUACACCAAGCAGUCCGGCACCACCUAAUUCAGGAAGUGGCAAUCCCAUCGUAAUACAAAAUGCAAUGGUCCAGAGUCCUCAGCCUUCUCAGAUCGCUCAAGCAAGUACUACAAAUACAACCACGAACCCCACGACAAAUCAGCAUGCAACAAUGGAUCAGAGUCUUUUGCCACCGCCGAAGAAGAAGGCUAAGAAGAAAAAGAAGACUAAGAAAAAGGAUGAGGAACCGCCGAAGCUUGAUCUUGCCAGUAUAAUGAAGAUAUCCGGUAUAGGGGAUGACGAUGACAUCUUCGACAAUGAUCUCGCCACGGAAGCGGAGAUGUCUGGUCAGCUGCAGAUGCAGCAGCAAGUGCAGGUGCAACAACAAGUACAAGUCGAGCAGAAUCCUAGUCUGGGACAAUUGUCGCCCCAAGUAUCGAUGUCUACCUCCAAUCAAAAUUCUGUCCAAGUAUCGAUCUCGAAUUCUACGGGCGCUCAGAGUCAGAAUAGUCAGCUAGUUGCUCAGCUUCAGAUGCCCGUGCAGAAUACGGUCUCAGGACACCUUAGACUAGCCGUCGGAGAAGACGGACGUGUCGUUCUCCAUCACGCACCUGAACCCAAUCAACCGGAGUUAGAUCACGCAACGGCACAGGCUUUAAUAAGAUCCCUAACUCAGGGCACGGGACAAAAUUCUCAGAUAAUCUCCCAACUCCUGGGACCGUCCACAUCUUCAGCCACUGUACAGUCUAGACCAAAAUAUGCAAAGUCACCGCUAUCCAGUGCGUCGCAAACCACAGGACAAAUAAUGAGUCCCACAAGCUCCCAGAACGCGACUCCAGCCGCUAGUCCUCAGCACGUGCAGAUUUGUACUAACCUUAAUUCCGCACAGAAUACCUUGGGUACCCUGAACACGUCUCAGAGCUCGUCCAAUAAUUUAUCCACUCAGACCCUGGUCGCUACGCAGAGUCCAAAUAUUCAGAUCUCUAUGAACGUCAACGCUCAGACACUUCAUACCACGAGAAGUCUACAAACGCCGUGCAGCGCAUCGUUACAAAUCGGCGAAACAUCUACAAAGGCAUCGUGUCCAAAGUUCACCGUGCAGGGCAGACUUUCAGGAAGCAAUCAGUCGAGUGCCGUACAGUCGCAGAAUCAUUCCCAAAAGAAUACUCAUGUGAGAAUGUCCGGGACGUGUUUAAACGCAGGACUGCACUCAAUAUCUGGAAAGUUCAACCAGCAACAAAAUGCUCAAACAUUGUCAAAAACGCCACAAACAAGUCCAGUAAUGCAGAGGAAUAUCAACAAGUCAGGACACGGUAUGCAGCAAAUUGGAAUUCAGCAGGACGGCUCUUGUCUCCAACAAAGUUCAUCGAUGCACCAGCAAAAUCUUCAUCAGCAACAAGUAACAAGCCAGAGUGUGCAGACGCAAAACGUGCAGCACGUCUUCGAGCAAAGUCUUCAGAGUCCCUCGAACAACAUACAACAAUCUCCCGGUGGCAUUAUGCAGACUUCUGGUGUACAACAACACACCAAUGUUCUUCAACAACAAAACAACUCGGCAACUGUGCAGAACAUGGAACAAAGUCUGCAACAAGGAAUGACUGAACUUCAUCAAGUUCAACAAAGUAUGGGCAGUGUUCAACAACAACAGCAGCACCAACAACAGCAGCAGCAGCAGCAGAAUAUGGGUGUGCAGCAAAACGUGAAUUUACAGCAACAAAAAGUUUUGAUAUCAAACGUACCAUGUUCGAUUGCUACGCAACAGGUGGAUACACAGAAUUCAAUUCCAGUGCAGGCAACACAACAAAAUAUAUUAAUAUCCAAUGCUCCUUGUGCAUCGAACUUGUCCCAGAAUCAGACUGAGGGCCAGAAAAUGCAACAACAACAACAACAGCAACAGCAGAGUACAAACGUUCUGAAUUCCGCAGCUAGCAACAUUUUGAACAACGCUCCAAAAAUCACACCAGAGAUUCUAAAUGCUCUCAGCAACCUUAAUCCUAAUGAUCAGCUUCUGAUAGCCAAUGCGAAUGGACAGAUGCAGGUUAUCAGUCAACAACUUUUGCAACAGUUUCUUGCUGGUCAAUUGAACGCUGCUCAGAAUCAACCUCAGCAACAGAAUCAACAAACACAGAAAAUUGUGAUCGGCGAACCGGACGCAAGCAAUCAGAAUGUACCGGGUGUUCAAAUAAACACGCCAACCAGUCAAAUAAUAGUGAACAGUUCCGGCGGUGCUCCUACAAUACAGAACAACAUUCAAAACAUCGUUGUUCAAGCUGCACCCUCGCAGAUGCCUCACCAGAUUCAGAUACAAAACUCUGGAUUUCCGAGUCAAUUCAUCGACAACUUAAAUCAGCAACAAAUAAGGAAUCUUGGUAACAAUCAGCAAGGGAAUGCAAGUUCUACGCCGAAAAAAGCGAAGGUCGUGAAGAAGACUAAGGUUGCUGUGUCUCUGGCGCAUUCUGUAGCUGCUAGCCAGACUUCGAAGACUGUCAGUGUUUCAAGGGCUACUAUGGUGACAUCUACGGCUACCUCGCAAGUGAAGACGGAGCCACCAAAACCAAUAGGUUUUGUUGCACAAAGUACAAAUUCAACUAAAUCCGAUCUGAAUGUUACGAACGGUCCACUUAGUGGAACUUCGCCGGGAAUUCAGGCUACCACGCCUUCGAAUGGCCAAAUGGUUCAAAGGGUACAGACUAUUCAGUUGCCAGCACAGAAGCAGCAAGUUCUUAAGAACAUACAGACGCAGAUACAAGCAAUCCUUGCCAGGAAGCCGAAUACGCAGCCUGAACAAGCUAUCCUCACUAAACUGUACCAGGAACAGGCUAGAAUUCUUGCCAGUGGAAAAGUCAUAAGUUCUACGUCUCAUCCUAUGAACACCGGUUCGGAAGCAGCCAUCAGCAUGAAUGUCGUUUCUACUGUGAUACCCACCUCCCAGGCGCAGAGCAAUUGCAAGAAUCAGACCUCCACCGCGCAAACUCAAACUCAGGCGCCUACGUCGGCUGUGACGAUUAACUCCCAAAAUCCAAAUCCUGGUUUGUCAAUGAGCAUGCCCAGUAUUUCCGGAACUUCCAAUGCCUUUUUGAGUAAUUUAUCGGGGCAACAAAGUGGACAGAGUAUGCCAAUUGUCUCGACGCAGGUUAUGCAACAGCAGCAACAACAAAGCAAACAACACGGAAAAUUCUAUCAAAAUCAUUCCGGUCAAAUUCUCAGUCCUUCUCCAACAACUCAGGCCUUCCAGUCUGCGAAUGGUACAGCGACUCCGAUCCAGGUUGUAACACAACAUAGUCAGCAACAACCAGGAACACAACAAUCAACCCAGUGCCAAACGGAUCCUCAUCUGGAUACAAAGACUGGUAUCCAAACAUCAAGUCCUGUUAAACAGGAGCUGCCUUCUCCAAUUCAGAUUCAGGUACAGCCUGGCUCUACGGUGGGACCGAUUACACUUACCUCCCCCAGGAUGGUUGCUAAGGGCUCCCAGAGGAUACAGAGUCCUGUCAAUACAUCUGGGAACAAUUCGAAGCAGCUUGUUAGUCCUGGCAGUAUAUCCAGUCCACGUCAAGGUGUCAAAAGACCAGCAACCAGCCCUAUCUGCAGACAGAUCAACCGUGGAGAUCUAUUGGAACAACAACUCGAAAUCGAUCAAAAUGGCGCUACCAAUCCUGAUGUAAACACUCCAUUUACCAGCAAGAGGGACGCCUGUAAAAGGUUGGUUAGGUAUCACUGCUUUAAUGAGCAAGUGCUGAGCGCAAAGGACCUUGCCAAGGCUGAUGAGAUAUUCGAGGAGACUGCCAAGCAUUUACUCAGCAAAUUCAACUCCAUGAUGAACAAGUACACGUACCUUCUAUUAAUGGAGAGCAUGAGGGAAGUCCGGACGUCAGAAUUGAUGAUGAUCGACAGGACUUUCGUAGCUGAGGAGCAGAACAUCUUGAACAGACUGCGAGAACAGGAAUCCAAAGUGAACGAGGAAUUCAAGAAGGACGAAAAACCUCUGAUACCUAAGGUAGAGCCUGGUCUAUCAGAAGACGUAAAACCCAAUCCGGCACCCAUCCUGAGUAGCAUGUCCGUGAAACGGGAGCUCGAGGAAGAGUUUCCGGUUGCUAGACUAUCCGCAGAGGUUGAUACAAAACCUCCAAUGAAGUCUGCAAGCUGCACAAGCGGCGAUUACGACGAGUGGCUGGAGAUUCAGAAGGAACUAGGUGUCUACCCGAGCGUAGAGACGUCAAAGUGCAAAAGUGUCGGCGGUGGCGCCAGUAGCGGAAGUACUGGCGCCACCUGCGGGAUUAAUAUAUCCGGUGUAAGUAGUAAUAGUGGUAUCAGUGCUACCAGUGCUAACUGUGGAACAGUGUCUCGACACGCACGACUCGAAAGGACGCGAGCCAACGGCGAAUAUCGUGUUAGUGCCUCCGGACCAAGUGCAACCUCAGUAUCUGGUGUAAUACCCACAAGGGACUGCGAGCAGCUGACGGAGAGACGAUGGAGUAGCGCUACGGACCUGGAACGUGACCUGCUCGACGACACAGAUAGUCUGGAUGGGCUGGCCCUUCAUUCUCAGGCUCAGUGUCCAGGUACGCUCCAGCUUAACGAUAACGAAAAUGUGCAGGAAGAGCACGACAUCACAGCCCAGGUACAGUCGGCCAUCGAUAGUAUACUUAAUCUCAAGCAACGCCCGUCUAAUGCCAUCAACUCCAGCGGUACGGCAUCCACCACCGACUCUUCAGCAUCCCAGAGCGAUUCCAAGGAUGCUGUGUUAGACCAGGCUGUGCGCAGCAUCCUUGGCUCGUGACCCCCCUUUAAAAAAGUGUGCUAAAUAGUCGACUGUCUCACAAUGGACUCGUUGCUACUAUCCUCGCGACCUUGCAUCGGGAAGGAUACGACGAAGCAAUAACCCACACGAAGCCCUCCACCAUGGUGCGAGUCUCCUCCCGUGCACGUUGUACAAUGAUCCUCCGGGACUGUCUACUGUCUGAUCUCGCUCUCUGGCAAUAAUUAUUUAUACACAUUUCGAGAGCCUACGUAUAACAAUCUGUACAUAUUUAUGUGUCUUGGACGUGUACUGUUCUUUCUUGUUUUCUUUUCUUGACUGUUCUUUCUUUAACACACAAUAUAAUAUGUACUCCCGCGAGAUGAAAUGUCGUUGGUAUUGCAUUCUUGCACGGGCACUGGAGGAUCCUUGGGCUUGAUAACCUGGAGGGCUGGCUGAUGGUUUUUUUAGCGGCUGUAUAUUAUUUUAAAUCGAAUAAAACGAAGGGAAUCUGGUUCUUAGGGUAGUUAGGUGAUAUGAAAGAGAAUUGGCUCAGAUACUUUCGACUCUGUCAGUUUCUAUAAUGUAAUUUUGUAUAAAGCAGCUAUUUAAAAGAUGAACGAUUUAUUCCAAUUAAAUCUAUACUAGUAGAGGUAAUCGAUUGAGAGCAUGAGAGAGAGAGAGAGAGUGAGAGAGCUGAAGGAGGUGAGCACCAAGUGACUGAAAGAGAGAGAGAGAGAGAGAGAAUGUGCGUGUGUGUUACAGUACAGAAAAUAAAUUUUAAAAAGCGGAUACUUAAGAAUGGGUUGGUGGAAGAAAAAAAAAAGUAACAAGAAUUGUAGAUACGUUUUUAAACUGUAUUAUUAUCGAAUAUUGUUAUUGAGAUACGUUCUCGGAUUUAUUAUGUAUACAUAGAAUUGUACGUUCACCAUCAUUCGUCACUCGUCAUCGACAUUCCUCUUGCAUUGGGAAUGCAGAAAGUCCGACAGUGAUAAGUACGUAAGGCGUCUAUAUAGGAGAACAAGAGCAAAAACAAGAAUUGAAUACGUAAUGUACGAAUUUUGUGUAUACAUAUACACUCUUGAUACAGAACUAUUCGAUUACUGAUAUAUCCUCCUUUAUUAUUAUUAUUACUAUUGCUACUACUAUUAUUAUUAAUUACCAUUAACACUUUUAUUUCUCUCUCUUAUUAUUUAUUCAGCUAGUUUCCAUCUACUCAAAAUUAUCUGCCAGUGUCGAUAAUAUUGUUAUUUAUUCUAUUAGCGACUCGUCUCUGAUUUCUAAAAGUUUUUUCUUUCAUCUUCCUUACGACCUGUCGCUUAUCCUUUAAAUCUUUUGUUAUCUUAUCGAUCGACGACGAGAGCCACGACCAGACCUUUAUCAGCGCAAUUCACGCGCCUAACAGUCUAACCUACAAAACAGAGAAUCAAAGAAAGCUAACUGACAGUUGCUUAAUAGUUAUACAAAAAAGAAAGAAAAGUAGAAAGUCUAACGUCAUCUUGUUCGAUGAUGGAAUCUUUUUUUUUUUUUUUUAAGAAUCUUUUGCAAAUGUAUUCACGUUGCCGGCAGCGGGGCAACGUGAGCGUUGUUGUAUCGUAGUAGCAUUUAGGCCGUUCGCGGUAUACAAAAGCAAAGAGCAAAAACGUUUGUUCAUCAGGAAUUUUAAAUUGCUACUUUUCGUCUGUGCGUAGAGAAAAGCCAAUCCAACUGGAGCAAUGAGGAAAUGUACGACGAGCAAUUAAUUGCUGUAGAAGAAUCUGUCCGAGGCUAUAACUUCAGUGUACCUUGUUGUCGUGUGGCAAUGGAACUUUUUAUACAGCAACAGCGGACAAUGCAUUGUUCGAACGUUUUCUCAAUUUUUUUUUUCUUUUCUUUAAAUCAUUGACACUAGACGCCUAGCAAAUUUUUAUAAACAGAGAGGCACGACAAGACGAUGUACAUUUCCUCAUUCUUACCCAAUGUAGCGAGAUUAGUGCGUGUACGUUUUACUCAUUUAAUAUUUACUUUUAGCUUUCUCUUGUUUCUUCUAAUUUAUACAAACGACGUUAUUGACGUCUCUAUCUCUCUCUCCCCCCCUCUCUCUCUCUCUCUCUCUCUUUCUCCACCCCCCCUCCCCUCACUCUCGUUGAUAAAUCCUUUUAUUUUAUUGUAUCUUGAACUCUUGUAAAUUCACUCUUUCUCUCUUUCUCUCAUUCUUUUUGCUUCUCUUGUUUUGUCGUGAGAAACAAAGUAAUCCAAGACUGACGUUAUAUACAGAUGAAACAAAAAGCAGAAACAGUUGAGCGCAAUAGUUUUGCGAAUGCCGAUAUUACGAUAUAUAUGUAUAUAUACGAUGAUUAUGGAUACAGAAAAACAAAAGGUAGAUAAACGCAUAGGCAAAGAAAUUGUAAAUACGUAACAAAACAGAGAAGAGAUGCGUGCAUAUAAUACACGAUAAUUGAAAGAAUCUUCGGUAUAUUUGAAAAUAUUUAUCUUUUAGAGCAGCCACUAAAUUUGCUCACCCUCACUUGUCCCACCGCACAUCCGCAUCCACGAGAUGAAAUUUGCAGCCUCUUAAUUUUACUAUUCCGCAUGUGCCGAUUAGGAGAUAACCGGAGAUUCGUAUCCUUGUUUUUUUUUCUUUUCUUUUGUUUCUUGUCGCCUCGCUGAACGCAUAAAUAUUACUGACGUUUAUGUUCCUAUUUUGUGGAUACUGAAAAGUGGGUGCUCCCUAAUGCGUCAUUUUGUUUUAUUGUCUCAUCCGUCUUUUGAGGUGGAGCUGGGGAGGGGUUCUCUGUAUCCGUUUUGUUUUUAUUAUACGUGAAAUUUUUUGCACGAAACGAUGCAGUGACAUUCUUGUGUCUAAUGGUCGUUACAGAAUUUGCGUAUCUUGUGAAGAUACUUGAUUAGUAACGAUAGAGUUUUUUAAUAUUUUAAUUGACCACACGUACUGGGAGCAUUUUGAUUGACUGUUUUUGAGAACUAAUGAUAAAUGAAUUCAUCUGCCGUCACUGACUCGUAAACUUUCUUCGCAUGUAUGUAAAUAUAAUGUACAUAUCAUAUAUAUAUAUAUAUAUAUAUAUAUUAUUGUAUGCGUGUGACGUGUGUUCUUGUAUAUAACAUAUAUAUAUAUAUAUAUCCUAUGUAUAUGUAUAUAUACAACUGUAAUAUAGAAGGAAGUUGAAAAAAAAUGAAAAGAAAGUCUGUGCGAUGACUGCAAUUAAGAAAAUAGAAAAAAAAGUGAAAUUAUGUCAACGAGAAAAUUCCAGUGGAUCGCGAAUACUUCUUUUUGCAUUUCUCAGUUUUUCUUUUUUUUUUUAGUUUUGAUGUUUAAUUUCGUUCCACGCGCGUACAGUUGGUGAAACGAAAAAUUAUGCAAUGAUUUUGUUCUAAUGACAAUUGCAAUUGCAGUAUUAUGGGCUGUGCUCAGGGGAUUUCCCCGGAAUAUUCUCUGCAAUUGAGGAGCGAGAAGAUUGAGUGAGAGAGAGAGAGAGAAGGGGGGGGGGGAGAAAAAGUAAAAUGUAAAAGAAAACGGAGAACAGUCUCCCAAUCUUGACUGAUUAUUGAGAGCGCAAAGAGUAGGGAGGUAUCGAUAUAACACGAGGUGAAAAUACAAAUGAAAAUCAUCACAAUAAUAUAACGGCAAAAAAAUACAAAAACCCAGUGGCAAGCUACUACUAGCUAUGUACAUUUAGGUAUUAUAGAGGAUAUUUUGAAUUCUUUUUUCUUUAGUAUGACUAUACGAAACUCACUUUUCCUUAUUCCGACCAGCAAUUACCCAUUUACCUUACCACCUACCUUAAUAGCCGCCAAAAAUCCCAUUCAAUGAUAUCCGUAUUAUUCCCCUCUGUCAAUAUUUUAGCCCUUCUCUAUAAUUUCUGUAAAUUGUAUAUAUAUUUCUGUACGAUGGCUGUAAGAUAUAUAAACGAUAAUACAAGUCGUUCCUAUGAAGUUUCUUCUCGAAUCGCCGGGAAGGAGGAUCCUUUGACAUCGUACGUUGUGGCCUAAUUAAUUUUCAAUUGUAAUUAAAGCACACUUGUCAAUCGUACACUUGACGUGUUAUACCAGUGUGUCUUCUUCGCGUUGUUGUCUCUGGCAUAUAUAUAUAUUUUUCCUUUCUUCUAUUCUCACAAAGGAUCAUUACCUUCGACGGUCUCGAGAACUUUACCGGUGAAGCUUCUACAGAGGAUUAACGCCAGGACGAUGAAUACGAGCGUGAGUAAUAAGACGAAGACGAUGUAAUAUCCUGCUCCAAUAUUAUUUAAAUGUUUAAUAAUUAUUCUUAUUAUUAUUAUUAAGCAAGUUAAUUCGUCUGUAUAUUAGAGUAAAUAUAAGGAGAAAUAAUUUUAUAAUAAAAUACAAAUUUCAAUCGUAA